AUGCAUAAAAGCAAAGUCGUAAAUACAAAACGUGAACGCGGUUCAUCAAACAAUAAAAAUCAGAACAAUAACAAUAUAUCUAAGCAACCAUUAAAAACACAAUCAUUUCUUACACUUGGUGCUUUGGUAACCGGUUUUACAAGUACACCAACAACUAUGUCUGAUGAAAUAAAUCAAGCUGAUACAUUAAUUAUAAAACCAACAUCAAUUGAUAUUAUAAAUGGUCAAUCAUUAUCAAAAUCUCUUCAAGUUAAAAUUUCUAAUGAAACUAAAAAUGGCCAUGAAACACUUGAUGAACAAAAUAGUAUAUCAUCACUAUCACAUAUCGAUCAUAGUAUUGAUAGUGGCCUAUCAUCAGAAAUAACAUAUAUAGAAAUUGAGAAAACAAAUGGUGAUGAUGAAUUACAUUCAACAAGUACAAAUAUAUCAACAAAUCAUCAACGUGAAUCAAGUCCAAUAAGUGGUGUUAUUAUACCUGAAGAAAAACGUGUUACAGAUCGUGUUAAAGUAUUUGAAGCUGUUGCUAAUAAUAAUGAUAAUCAAAUAAUAAAAAAUGGUAAUACAAAAAAGAAAUCUUUAACAUCAUCAAGUUUUUCUAUUGGUGAUCAUAAACAUAUAUCAUCAACAUCAUCAAUAGAAACAUCUGAUACACAAUCAAUCAAUGAAAUAAAAGCAUCUAAAACAAAAUCAAAAAAAUCAUCAUUAAAAAAACAAAUACAAAAUUUACUUAAAAUUGAUAAAUCAUCAAUACAAGAUGAAAUAAAUCCUCUUGAAGAACAAAUCACUAAUGGAAAAAAAAAUAAAAAAGAUAAUAAUUCAGCAACAACAUCUACAUUUAAACAUCAAUCAUCACCAAAAAGUUCUGUUGAACCACUUGAAAUACAAAUUCCACCAGCAAUAAAUAAUAAUGUAAAUUUGUCAUCAGCAACUGUAUCAAAAUUAAUCAAUACAUUUCAAACAAAUGAUAUUGAACAAAUAGUAGUUGCACCAAAAUUAAACACUCCUCCUCUUCAAUUGGAAAAUCUAACGUCAUCAUCAUCAACGGGAGUGUCCCAAUUUGAUACAUCGAUUAAUAACACUGCUGAUAUUUUAUCAUCAAAUAGCCCAAUAAAAAGUGUUCCAUCGAUAAUAACACAUAGUCCAAUGUUGUCCGGUGUUGGUGAUCCGAUGAAAACAUCAAUACGUUCUGUAUCUGUUGAAACAGGGACUCGUAAUCAAUCACCUAUACAACGAUAUGGUCAACAAGAAAUAGGCAAUAGUUCAUCUUAUUCAUCAUUAAAUCAAUCAACAAAUACUCAAGUUACUGAUAAUUUACGUGUACAACAUCAACGUGAAAAACAAGAAUUAGCAGAAUUAAAUGAUCGAUUCCGUGGUUAUCUUGAUCGUGUUAAAAUUCUUGAAAGUAAAAAUUUAACAUUAACAAGUCAACUUGACGAUAUAGCAAAAGCAUGGGGUGCAGCAUCUCAAGCAAUAGUUGUUCAAUAUACUGGACCACUUGAUCGUCUUCGUCAAGAAGUUAAUGAUUGUAUGCUUUAUGAAGCUGAUUUACAAACACGUUUACGUCGUUCACAUUAUAAUAUUGAUAAUUAUCGUUCAUUAAUUCAUGAUGAAACAUCAUGGAAUGACCGACAAGAAGGAAAACGUGAACAAUUAAAAUUAGAAUAUGAACAUUCAUGUGCUGAAUUAUCUGCUUUACAAAAAUCUUAUAAACAAGUUGAAGAUCAAUUAAAAACUUUACUUAAACAACGUGAAGAUUAUCUUAAUGAAAUUAAUCAACUUAAUGAACAAUCUUAUAAAUCAACUCUUGAUAGAAUUAAAUCAGAUUUAGAAGUUCAAACACUUCGAGAAGAAAUUCCUUUUCUUAAUGAUAUUCAUGCACAUUUACUUAGUGAAUUUGAACAAUUAAAACCAGCAAAUGGUAUUGAUGCACAAUUAUUUUAUCGUCAAGAAUUAGAAAAGGCUAUACGUGAUAUUCGUCGUGAUUUUGAAACAUUAAAUGCAGCACAACGUAAAGAAAUGGAAGAUUAUUAUCAUAUUAAAAUAGAUGAAAUGCAAAAUGAAGCCAAAAAACUUCCAUUACAACCACGACAAGAUAAUCUUUCAAAAAUAUCUGAACAAAUUAAAUCAACAAAAUUUGAAUUAAAUGAUACACAAAAAUUAUUAAUUAGUGAAAAGGAUAAAUUUAAAGAAUUACAAGAUCGUUUAGCUAAAUUAGAAGAAGAAUAUAGUUUUGUACGUAGUCAACGUAGUGCUGCUCAUGAUAAUGUUAAUAAAGAAUUAGGUGCUGCACAAGAACGUAUUGAACAAUUAACUGAAGAAAUCGAUACAAUUUUACGAAGCAAUAUAACACUUGAAUCGGAAAUAAAUAUCUACAGGCGGUUAUUAGAUAGUGAAACAAAUAGACUUACACAACAAACAAUUGAAGUAGUUUCAUCACCUGAACCAACGCCAGCAUCAUUUGGCAGCGAACUUGGCAAAGUUUUUAAUAAAAAAAUUAAAAAAGGACCAAUUGCUAUCAAGGAUUGUGCUCCUGAUGGCAAAUGUAUAACAUUAGAAAAUACUUCUAAUGAUAAAGAUGUUGAUGUGUCUAAUUGGACAUUAAAAAGAACUGUUGAAGGUUCAUCAGAAAUUUCAUAUACCAUACCUUAUGGUUUAAUUAUGAAACAUGGUAAUGAAUUAAAAAUUUAUGCACGUAGUGCACAAAAUGCUCAUCAUCGACCACCAUCACAAGUUGUUAAUGAUAAACUUGAAUCAUGGGGCAUGGGUACAGAAUGUGAGACAAAAUUAUUUAAUGAACAAGGUGAAGAAAGAGCAUCACAUUCUCAAAAAAUUGUUUUCGGUUCGGAAUCAUCACGCAAUUUACCAUACGAUAUUGAAUGGCCAGAUUGUAAGUGA